CGCAGCCCUCGGAGCUCAGGGUCCGGCCGAGGUUCCAGCUGCUAGCUCUUCGCGCAGAGAGGCGUGGGGUCCGGGGCCGGUGGGCGGCGGACGGGGGCCAGGAAGAGGGGGCGAGGGUAGCCGGGGAGAGGGGGGCCGGCGAGAGCCGCACGGUGCGCAGGACCGACGGCCGAAGCUCUUGCGAACUUGGGCGCAGAGUCGCGCCACUGCGCCCGCGGCCCGAGCGAUGAAGAUGGUGGCCCCCUGGACGCGGUUCUACUCCAACAGCUGCUGCUUGUGCUGCCAUGUCCGCACAGGCACCAUCCUGCUUGGCGUCUGGUACCUGAUCCUCAAUGCUGUCGUACUGCUGAUUCUGUUGAGCGCCCUGGCUGAUCCAGAUCAUUACCACUUUUCAAGUUCUGAACUCGGGGGUGACUUUGAGUUCAUGGAUGAUGCCAACAUGUGCAUUGCCAUCGCGAUUUCUGUUCUCAUGAUCCUUAUCUGUGCCAUGGCUACCUACGGCGCGUACAAGCAACGCGCAGCCUGGAUCAUCCCAUUCUUCUGCUACCAGAUCUUUGAUUUUGCCCUGAACACCUUGGUUGCGGUCACCAUACUUGUUUAUCCAAACUCCAUCCAGGAAUACAUACGACAGCUGCCUCCUGAUUUUCCUUACAAAGAUGAUAUCAUGUCAGUGAAUCCUACCUGUUUGGUCCUCAUUAUUCUUCUGUUUAUCAGCAUUAUCUUGGCUUUUAAGGGUUACUUGAUUAGCUGUGUUUGGAACUGCUACCGAUAUAUCAAUGGCAGGAACUCCUCUGAUGUCCUGGUUUAUGUUACCAGCAACGACACUACGGUGCUGUUACCCCCGUACGAUGACGCCACUGUGAAUAGCGCCACCAAGGAGCCGCCGCCCCCGUACGUGUCUGCCUGAGCCUGGAAGUCGGGCGGAGCAAGAACGACAGCCAGACUUUUCAUUCAUCAGAGCAAUAGUUCUUUAAUUUUUCUUCUGAGAUGAGCUCUCUGAGCUUAUUUGUUGCAGAAAUGCUACAGUUUAAAAAUUUAGAUGUUAAGUUGAAACUCUGUAGUUUGAAGCCUAUGCUUUAGCUGGAGCACCGUGAUAGAGUAGCUGUAGAAAUUCUCUCUGUGGGGUGGGGUGGGGUGGGGUGGGGUGGGCUCCUCUAGUCUUCCCUCGGCGUUGGAACUACCCGACAACCCGGAUGAAUCUCGAGUCCGAGACGUCUGUUGUAUGUGCUGAGCCCCAGAGUCGAAGACUUUCCAGCGCUUUUCUCUUCACUCCCUCUUUCUCUUUUGAACAUGUAUAAUCAAGUCAAAAUUAGACAAUGCUUUUCCUCGGCCAUUCCAAUUUAUAGAAGAAACCCUUAGGAGAACAGGAAUGUUAUUUGUGUAAGGAGUCCAUAUAAAUACAUAAAUAAAACAAGAAUUUCCUUAGA